CUCGGUUUCCUCCCUCUCUCUUUCUCUCUUCCUGAUUCCCUCUUUUCCAUUCCCAGAAAGUCCUUCGGAGGAAGAGGUCAGCAGUUUGCGGCGCUGAAUGCAUCAGCUCCCAACAGAUGUGAAACACUCCUCAAGACCGGUUGUUUAAUAAGGCGAGAACAACUUGCUUAAAGAGAACAACCUCUUGAGGACAUGAAGAUCAUUGAGGUCAAGCUGAUCACGCUCCACGUCUUCAUUAUCCUGCAGAUUGUGAAUGUAAAGGCUCAAGUCAACCCAGAAAUAUGCCGCUAUCCUCUGGGUAUGAACGGUGGGCAAAUACAGGAUGAAGACAUCUCGGCUUCCAGUCACUGGUCUGAGUCCACCGCUGCCAGAUUUGGAAGGCAAAUUGUUUUUUUUCAUCUCUCUCGUGAGAAGCUUCUCAUCAGACUGCAUGCACGACUUAACUUUGACAACGGAGACGGCGAUGGCGCCUGGUGCCCUGACGUCAUGUCAGAGCAGGACGGACUGAAAGAGUACCUCCAGGUGGACCUGCGCUCGCUGCAUUUCAUCACGCUGGUGGGCACCCAAGGUCGCCACGCGGACGGAAUGGGCAAUGAGUUUGCCCAGAAGUACAGGAUCAAGUACAGCCGUGAUGGCAACAACUGGAUGAGUUGGCGUGACAGGAAGGGAGGCCAGGUCAUCGAGGGCAACAGAAACGCAUAUGACAUUGUUCUGAAGGAUCUGGAGCCUCCCAUCAUAGCCCGUUUUGUUCGUUUCAUGCCCGUCACCGACCACUCCAUGAUUGUGUGCAUGAGAGUGGAGCUCUACGGCUGUGAAUGGCUGGAUGGAUUGGUAUCUUAUAGCAUUCCAGAUGGACACCAAAUGAUCUACAGGGGCCUGGAUGUCUUCUUUAAUGAUUCUGUGUAUGAUGGAUUGACAUCUGAAAGACUGACCAAAGGCCUCGGCCAGCUCACAGAUGGGACGUGGGGUCUGGAUGAUUUCCUCCACAGCCGGAUAUACGGCAUGUGGCCUGGUUACGACUACGUAGGAUGGAGCAACAAGACUUUCCCCAAAGGUUAUGUGGAGAUGAUCUUUGAUUUCGACCACAUCCGGAACUUCACUUCCAUGAAGGUUCACUGUAACAACAUGGUCAGCCAUAGGGUGAGGGUGUUCAGACAGGUCACUUGUUUCUUCCGGUCAGGGUCAGAAUGGGAGGCUGACCCUGUGACGUUCAGGCCCGCUGUCAGUCACAUGAGCCAAAGUGCUAAUUUUGUCACCGUGCCCCUCGGGGAUCGCACUGCCAAAACCAUCAAGUGCCGCUUCCACUUCAGUGACCUGUGGAUGCUGUUCAGUGAGGUGGCCUUCCAAUCAGGCUCUGCUGUGUACAACACAUCCAUGAAUCCUCGCAAACCUGGACACGGCCCAAACAUAGGCCCAAGGGAUGAUCCCACUCACAAACUGGAUGAUAGCAACACAAGGAUCUUGAUUGGCUGCCUGGUGGCUAUCAUUGCUAUCCUGAUGACUAUCAUAGUCAUCAUCCUGUGGCGGCAGGUCUGGCAAAAGAUGCUUGAGAAGGCGUCACGCCGCUUGUUGGAUGAUGAACUCACAGCUCGUCUUGCCAUCCAGACCCGGGCUUUCUCCUUCCAUAACUCAUCCUCAUCCAGCGAGGGCAGCUCCACCCCAAACUCCACCUAUGAAAGAAUUUACCCGCUUUGCGCCGACUACCAGGAGCCGUCCCGCCUUAUCCGUAAACUUCCCGAGUUCGCACAGUCCAUGGAGAAUCUCGGUACAGUAAGCCAGCAAAAGGAGGAGCCCCCCCGAUCGCCUCGCAGAGCGCUCACAGCCAGUUCGGAUGGUGCUCCGCACUACGCCGAGGCAGAUAUCAUCAGUUUGCAGGAGUCUUCGGACGGCAGCGUCCACUCUCUCACAGCUGUCAACAUUAAUCUCUUUGCUGGCAACGAUUCAUCAAUGAGAGAAUUUCCAAGAGAGAAACUCGCCUUCAAGGAGAAACUUGGAGAGGGCCAGUUUGGAGAAGUGCACUUAUGUGAGGCCGAUGGCAUGCUGGACUAUUUGGAUGAGGAUUUGUCCAUUGAGGGAAACAGUGAGUCACCCGUGCUCGUUGCCGUUAAAACACUGCGGGAGGACGCAAACAAAAAUGCAAGGAACGACUUCCUGAAGGAGAUCCGCAUCAUGUUUCGUCUGAGGGACCCCAACAUAGUCCGCCUGUUGGCAGUGUGCGUGGACACGGAUCCUCUGUGCAUGAUCACUGAGUACAUGGAGAAUGGAGACCUGAAUCAGUUCCUGUGUGGUCUCAGACUGAAGAAGGCCGUCGAUGAAGAAAAGGAAGAAAAAGAGGAUGGGAAGGACAUGGUUAGUUACACUAAACUGAUUGACAUGGCAGUGCAGAUUGCGUCUGGUAUGAAGUACUUGUCGUCCCUCAACUUUGUCCACCGUGAUCUGGCUACCCGCAACUGUCUGGUGGGGAAAAACUACACCAUAAAGAUUGCUGAUUUCGGCAUGAGUCGCAACCUGUACAGGGGGGACUACUACCGGAUCCAGGGCCGAGCAGUCCUGCCCAUUCGCUGGAUGUCAUGGGAGAGCAUACUCCUGGGUAAGUUCACCAUGGCCAGUGACGUGUGGGCAUUUGGAGUGACUCUAUGGGAAAUUCUCACUCUGUGUAAGGAGCAACCCUAUUCCCAGCUAUCUGAUGAGCAGGUUAUCGAAAACACAGGCGAGUUCUUCAGGGACCAAGGCAAGCAGGUGUACCUGCCAAAGCCCCCAUGUUGUCCUGAUGGAGUCUACAGCGACCUCAUGCUAAGCUGCUGGAAGAGAAAUGCCAAGCAAAGACCGAGCUUUGAAAAGAUACACACUCAGCUGAAGGAGAGCUUGGCAUAACAGAUGAGACAACCAAGAACUGUUUCAUUUGACUCUUCCUAUGGAUGUAUUUGAAGUCAGAGGCCAUUUGUCCUUUGUCAUCUGACAACGGGGCUGUAAAUAUUUGAAUAUAAGAAGAAUACAUUAUACACUUGAAGAAAAAUUGAUAUUGUAGAUAUGCAAUUUAAGGGGCUUUACUCUUCUGCCUGUUUAUUAUUUCUGUGUAUUAUUCUUUACUAUUGAAAGAGUGAACCAUGAUCUCCCAAGUAACACAGUUGUGAAUAUAUAUUUUUUUACUCUUUCUGUGCAUGAAAUGAAUAUCACUUUCAUAGGAGACUGUCAGUGCUGCUGUGUUUGACCUUUUUUUAACAUUUCCAUUUAUUCAUGGUCAUUUAAACACAAACGGAUGGCAUGAUAAUUACCUGUUCUGCAUGAGAAUGAUUUUAACUGUUCAAUAAUAUCUGUUAUGUUUUAUAAACACUUGUUUGCACAAUUGCAGAAAUUAAUUCCGUGCAAAGCUGAUUAGAAUACAACAUUUAAGCAUUUAUACCUGUCAGACCAAAGAUAUUUGUCAAUAAAGAAUAUUCUAUCAACCUG